AUGGGUGGUGCUAGCAAGGGUUUUAGUGAACUCCUAGCCGCUACGCUCCACGAAGCGCCUCGUAAGAAGCCGUGUGCGCAAUUGUCUUCGCCUCCACCGGACCCUUCUAAACUCGUACCGCACUGGCCUGGAGAACUAAUGCGACACGUGAGAAGCCAUGCAAGAAAUACGCCUGCUAAAAAGGAUGCAAGAACAUUGGCGACGAAAAGAAACGAUGAGUUCAAUAGGAGCGAAGAAGCUACGUCCACAAAACAUGCAGAAGAGAGUAAACCGCAAAGGUCAACCAGAAAGAAAAUCCAUGGUGAAGAUGGAUACAGUCAGAAGAAGAAUGAAAGCACAUCGGAAGAGAUACUACUUGUCACAAGCACAACGAUAAAGAAAUACUAA